AUGGCGUCCAUCUCCGCCGCAGCCACCGCUGCAGCUUCAUUUACAUACGCCACGCCUUCCUCAUCUUCCUCUUCUUCAUCCCCUCUUUUUACCCUUCAGAAACCCACCACCAGAAUACUGCUUUCUUCUUCGUUUGUCUCUAAAGCUUCCACAAACCUUUUCCUCCACAACCCCUCUUCAUCCUCCGCCAACCCUUCUCACCGCCGCCGCUCUCUCACCGUACGCGCUGCUCGGGGGAAAUUCGAGCGAACUAAACCCCAUGUCAACAUCGGAACUAUCGGCCAUGUCGACCAUGGAAAGACCACACUCACUGCAGCCCUCACCAUGGCCCUAGCCUCUACAGGUGGAGGAAUUGGCAAAAAAUACGACGAAAUUGACGCCGCUCCUGAAGAACGUGCUCGUGGUAUCACCAUCAAUACCGCCACCGUGGAGUACGAGACGGAGAAUCGCCACUACGCCCACGUCGACUGCCCUGGUCACGCUGAUUACGUUAAGAACAUGAUUACUGGUGCUGCUCAGAUGGACGGAGCUAUCCUCGUCGUCUCCGGCGCCGACGGCCCCAUGCCUCAGACUAAAGAACAUGUCUUGUUAGCGAAACAAGUUGGUGUCCCUAACAUGGUUGUUUUCUUGAACAAACAAGAUCAAGUCGACGAUGAGGAAUUGCUUGAAUUGGUCGAAUUGGAGGUAAGAGAACUCUUAUCUUCUUAUGAAUUCCCCGGUGAUGAUAUCCCAAUUAUCUCCGGAUCUGCUUUGUUAGCUUUAGAAGCUCUAACAGAAAACCCCAAGAUUGCAAAAGGCCAAAACAAAUGGGUCGAUAAAAUCUAUGAACUAAUGGCAGCAGUCGACGAUUACAUCCCAAUCCCACAAAGGCAAACCGACCUUCCAUUUCUGUGCGCAAUCGAAGAUGUGUUUUCAAUCACAGGUCGUGGAACAGUGGCCACGGGUCGGGUCGAGAGAGGCACUGUUAGAGUCGGAGAGAGCGUUGAGAUUGUGGGGUUGAAAGAUACCAGAACCACCAUUGUUACAGGAGUCGAAAUGUUUCAGAAGAUUCUAGACGAAGCUUUAGCAGGUGACAAUGUCGGACUUCUGUUGAGAGGUGUUCAAAAGAUCGAUAUCCAAAGAGGGAUGGUUUUGGCUAAACCGGGUUCAAUCACACCCCAUACAAAGUUCGAGGCUUUGGUUUAUGUGUUGAAGAAAGAAGAAGGUGGAAGGCAUUCACCAUUUUUUGCAGGUUACAGGCCUCAAUUCUACAUGAGGACGACCGAUGUUACAGGUAAAGUGACUUCGAUUAUGAACGAUAAAGAUGAAGAAUCAAAGAUGGUUAUGCCUGGUGAUCGUGUGAAGAUGGUGGUGGAGCUUAUUAUGCCUGUUGCUUGUGAACAAGGAAUGCGGUUUGCAAUCAGAGAAGGUGGAAAGACUGUUGGAGCUGGUGUUAUCGGAAACAUUCUUGAGUGA